UUCAGUUCAUCUAUAGAUCGGAAAAAAUAUAUAUAUAUAUAUACCGAGGUUUUAGAAGAUGAUAUCAAACUUUCAAAUCUAUACAUCGUUCAUCUUCUUGUAGAAUUCUAAUAACUUUGUUUCUGUGGUAUAAUGACCCAUUUCCUUUUGAAACCACCCGAACAAGUUCUUCAUGUUAUCCUCUUGCAUAAGAUAGGAUGGCCCAAUUUCAAGGCACCUCCAAUUGAAGGGAAAAAACGGAGAGGAAGAGAAAGAGAGGGACAAAGGUGCCUUGGUGAUUCUUCCUGUGUACUAGGCUUUGCCUUGUUACUUAUCUCAAUAAAAUUUUUAUUCAUAAAAAAAAAGGUGCCUUGGUGAUGGGAUCUGUGAGAUGGAAAUGUACAUUGUUUCCAUGGCGGAGAUUCUGUACUCUAUUAAUGGGACAUCAGAUGAGUGAUGACCAAUUCUGAGCAGUUUUGGAGUUGAAGUGCGAGGUGGAUGUGAAGUGGAUAUGAAUAUACCCAUCACAACCAUGGAUUCUAACGUCAUCAUGGAAAAUGCAAGUAUAGAGCCUCGUGAUGACAUGGAAUUUGAUUCUCAUGAAGCGGCAUACUUGUUUUACAAAGAAUAUGCUAAGUCUGUGGGCUUUGGCACUGCUAAAUUGAGCAGUCGUCGGUCUAGGGCAUCAAGGGAAUUUAUUGAUGCAAAAUUCUCAUGCAUAAGAUACGGCAAUAAGCAACAGUCUGAUGAUGCCAUCAAUCCACGGCCUUCUCCAAAAAUUGGUUGUAAAGCUAGCAUGCAUGUAAAAAGAAGACAAAAUGGAAAGUGGUAUAUUUAUAGUUUUGUGAAGGAACAUAAUCAUGACCUUUUGCCUUCUCAAGUGCAUUUCUUUCGGAGUCAUAGAAAUGCUGAGCUACUUAAGAAUGAUGUUCGAGUACGAAGACGGAAGAGUUUACCUGCAGUGUCCAAGCUGUUUAGUGCCUAUCAGAAUGCUGAUUGUUUAGAGAGUUAUAUGAAAAGUCAGCAUGAUAAAGGACGGAGCUUGGUUUUAGAACCAGGGGAUGCUCAAAUACUACUUGAACAUUUUAUGCAUAUGCAGGAACAGAAUCCAAAGUUCUUUUAUGCAGUUGAUUUGAAUGAAGAGCAUCGAUUGAGAAAUGUGUUUUGGGUGGAUGCCAAAGGCAUGGAAGAUUAUACUACCUUUGGUGAUGUGGUUUCUUUCGACACCACCUAUUUUACAAACAAGUAUAAGAUACCAUUGGUUCUCUUUAUUGGAGUAAACCAUCAUAUUCAACCCACGUUACUUGGUUGUGCAUUGAUUGCAGACGAGACAGCUUAUACUUUUGUUUGGUUAUUGCAAACAUGGUUUAUAGCAAUGGAGGAACGAGCUCCAAGAGUAAUACUCACAGACCAAAAUAAUGCCAUAAAAGCAGCUAUUGCGGCAGUCUUUCCAGGCACCCGCCAUUGUUAUUGUUUGUGGCAUGUACUGGAAAAGAUCCCUAGACAGCUUGAGUUUUUGUGCAUGUGGAAUGAUAGUUUUAUGCUAAAAUUUACAAAGUGUGUCUAUAAGUCAUGGACAGAGGAACAAUUUGAAAAGAGAUGGUGUAAAAUGCUCGACAGAUUUAGCCUUAGAGAGGUUGACUGGGUCCAAUCCUUGUACGAGGAUCGCACACAUUGGGUGCCUACUUUUAUGAAAGAUGUAUCUUAUGCUGGGUUGUCUACAGCUUCACGUUCAGAAAGCUUAAACUCUUCAUUUGACAAAUAUGUGCAGGGGGAGACUUCAAUGAGAGAGUUUAUAGAACGAUACAGGGUAAUUCUUGAGGAUAGAUAUGAAGAGGAAGCCAAGGCAAAUUUUGAUGCAUGGCAUGAAACACCUGAAUUGAAGUCUCCAUCGCCGUUUGAGAAACAGAUGUCGCAAGUGUACACACAUGAAAUCUUUAAGAAAUUUCAAGUUGAGGUUUUGGGAGCAGCUGCUUGUCACCUUAAGAAAGAAAAUGAAGAUGAGAUGACGACAACAUAUACUGUUAAAGACUUUGAAGAUAAUCAGAAUUAUAUAGUCGAAUGGAAUGAAUCAAAAUCAGAUAUUUAUUGUUCAUGCCGAUCAUUUGAAUAUAAAGGUUAUCUCUGCAGACAUGCAAUUGUUGUUCUCCAAAUGUCUGGUGUUUUCAGCAUCCCGUCUAAAUAUGUAUUGCAGCGAUGGACUAAUGCUGCUCUGAGCAGGCAUGGCAUUGGUGAAAGAUUGGAUGAGGUGCAGACUAAGGUCCGUCGUUACAAUGAUUUAUGUCGAAGAGCCAUAAUAUUGGGUGAAGAAGGUUCUCUGUCUCAAGAAAGUUACAAUAUUGCACUCUGUGCCAUAAAAGAAGCUUUGAAGCAGUGUGCAACUGUGAAUAACUCUGUAGAGAAUGAUUCAAGAACUGUGACCUCAGCGGCCCAUCCUGUUUGUGGUGAUGAAGUGAAUCAGUGCAGCAAUGUAUCUAAUAUGGUGACUCCUCCUAAAGUGACCAAUGCAAACAAGGCUUCUAGGAGAACUGGGGCUGGGAAGGGAGUAGCAAGUAAGGAAAAUAGUUCAAGCAAUAAAGGAAAGCAGGUACAGCCAGAAGCUGUCAGCAUGGGUAUACAUGAUAGCCUUCACCAAAUGGAAAUGUCUGGCAUGAGGCCCACUCACUUACACAAUGUUGUGCCAGCACAGUUACAUAACAUGGUACCACCAAUGUUUCACAAUAUCACGUCGACACAUGUAGCAACAAGUUUGCAUGAGAAUGGGCUCCCUCGAUAGCUCGACUUUUAGCCUCUUUUGUAAAGAUGUUUUUCUUCUUCCACACCCCCCCCCCCCCUUUUCUCUCUCCUCUCCUCCUCCUCCUCUUUUAAGAGCUUCUUUGUAAAGAUUAUGUAAACAUUAACUAAUUAAGGACUGUAACAAAAGCACUUCAACAUUUUUGCAGUUGCAAACGUUCAAAGCGAGAAGAAAUGGGUGCUGUCCAGUUUGGUGAAAA